AUGAGGUGGUCCUGCUCUCCUACCUGUUGUCCGCUCGUCCUUCUUCGCCUUCACUCGGACAUGGGUGACGCGAAAAAGACGUGCUCCGGACGUUUAUGGGCGAACCUAGGGAUCACUGAAGAGUGCUGAGGCUACUGAAGUGGUCACUAGAAUUUCCCUGAAACGUCCGAUUCGUGCCGCGUUUGCGUUACCAAGGUCCAAGCAGUUGCCGCUCAUUUUGCUGAACGGCUUCUGUUUCUGUUGUAAACUUCUGUGAGCUUUGUCCAUGUCGAUUUGGCAUCAACUUCCUGUUUGCUCAGGUCGACUAUUGUAUCGCUCCUGCCGUCGGACUACAGUCAACGUCUUCAGCGCUUUCUCCAACGUCAUCCGAAAAGAAGUAGACGUUGCCUGGAAUCCGAUAGCAGUCGCUGUUGGAGCAUACCGUUAUAUUAGGCUGAUUCUAGAAUGUUCUAUAAUAAUCUAUACAUUUCUAGUCUACUUACGUCACGGGGAUCAUGUGUAAAGGUAACUCUUCCAGAAAGUUUCACAAUCUUUUUACUUGUUCUAUGCUUUUUUAAAAGGUUCCACAUUGUUUUAGAAUGUUCUACAGCUUACGGGACGGAUCUCUAAAACUCAAAAAUGUUCUCAAACUCUCUGAACUCCACCUUUAUUCUGAAACAUUCCAUAAUCUUAGGGAUUUCUUCCCUCAGCAUCAUACAGCCUCUUUUUUGUUAUUGUAGAUGGUCUGGUCCAGUUUCUUGUUACUAAUAAAUCUUCUGCUACAAAAUUUUCAUUGGCCACCUGCGAGCAUAACAGUGGCAGAAAAAACCUAUAGACACAGUGCAAUCAAAUCAUAACGGCGUUUUUUCGUUUCCCGUUUUUUCUUUUUAUCCGGCAAAAAAAGUAUCAUUCAUAUGCGCAUUUCUGAGAAUGAAUGAAUUUGGCAAAUGUGAAAGAAAUUCAGAAUUUUCUGCAAAAUUGAUAUUGCAUCAAACUGCUGACAAUUUUUUUUACAAUAGCUUUCUGGAGUUUCUGUCAAAUGUUAUUGAGAACCUGGCGCAAUCGAUAUAAUACCUGGUUUAAGUGUAGGUUUAGAGCCUUUAUAAAGACAAUGCUGAUUCGUCGUAGUUUUUUGCUCGGUUUAUCGAUUGUUUUCUAAUUUUUUGAUUUCAGGCUUUGCAGUAUUCGAUGCCGUCCGGCCCCCAUUCACAAUUGCGCAAAAAUGAUUUUCGUGGGUUUUUUUUGUAGGAAUAUCGGUACGAUUUCUCUUCCAAAACUCUAUGAAAAUUCUCGGUAUUCUAUUAUUGUCGUUUUCUGCUCUUUAUAGAAUCAUGAUUUCAAAAAUGUAAACGACCAGAGCAAAAAACAAUUUCAGAACGGGAGAUGGCACAGUCUAUUGCCUCAAAUUCCGUCAGAGGCGGCAAGGCAACAAUUUUUUCGUGA